GCCAAGAUUUUGUGUUUCAGCAAGAUGGUGCAGCGUGCCAUACCUCAAAAAAGGCUAUAAAAUGGAUGGAAGAAAAUAAUGUACCACUUUUGAAAUGGGUUUCUAGCAGUACAGAUCUGUCACAUAUUGAAACUUUGUGGCACGAGAUGAAAAAGGUUCUACGACAACAUCCUGCUCGUACAAUCACCGAACUGAGACAAAAGCUUCAAGAAAUAUGGGAUUGUUUUACACCAAAUUUUUGCCGAAACUUGGCUAACACUAUGCCCCAAAGACUUUCAGCCGUAACAAAAAAUAAAGUCUUUCAAUUGCUACUUUGUUAACUUCGCGCAUUUAUUCGCACAUUGUUUAUUUGUUUAGAUGUUCUAUU